CUGGAUGACGGAUGUCUUGGAAGAGAUAACAGCGCAGCCCGCGCUCCCUGCACGACCUACUUCCGGCGACAAUGUGCCUCAACGCACGGUCUUGUACGCGCGGAAGGGCGCGGGAUCCACGCAGAGACGCGCUGGACGUCGGGAGCUGGCGGUGCCGAACUGGUUCGACCUUCCGGUGCUAUUACCCGAGACACACCCCGUGGCUGCGCGUAUCCAGCGCAAUACCUUAACCCGGACAUCACGAGAAGGAACAAUGAUACGCGGAAACAGUGAGCCUCAACUUGCUAAGCCGAAAGUUUCCCGACUGGGGUCGAGAGAGGAGGCAGAGGAGCGUAAAGUGAGGAAGAUGGGAGCAAUGGUGCUCAAGAGCGCCAUGAGGCGACGACAAAGCACGAGAGUCAGGAAGCUCGAAGGACUGAAGUACGUGGAUCGGAAGAAUAGACUCAGAGAGAAGUUAUGGAAGGAUUUAAGCAGAUUUGGGCUGUGGCCCAUGUCAGGCUCUGGGGAUGCCGACUAUCAACGAUCAGUGGAGAACACGGUAGACGCCAUUUGGAACCAGUGGCAGGAUAAUGCAGAGAAGACCCCGUUGAGUGGUGUGGAUAGUGGAAGCAAUGAAUGGAGGUUUGGUAUAGGAUAUAAUGUGGUUUUGGACGCGGACGAUGACGUCAACGGGAUCUUUUUGACUGGAGUGCCGUCGGUACCAAGCUCUGCGACGCCAGAGACGACAGAGACGGAAUCAGACGUGACGAGUAGGAGAAGAUCGUCAGUUUUUACGGACAGUGCAGGGCUUGAAGCACCAGAAGAAGAGGACAAUAAUGACGAGGAGGAUAAAUUGUCAAAUUUUGGCUUUUCAGCAGCUCGACUUCAGGCGAAAGUUCAGACUCCUGGGAUGAAACGACGCAAAAGACUGACUGAUCUGCAUCACUUUGUGGAAACUCAACUGCAGAAGCGGUUGUUCCGGUCGUGGGAUACGAUUGAGAUUGCGUUUACAGGGAGUGGAGAAAUGACUGUCAAUCAGAUCGUUAAAUUCCUGCAGCUUUCGGACGUCCAACUUGGCGAUAAGGACGCAGCUAAGGUCCAGAAGAUACUGGAAGACCACGUUACAGCAAUGCAAGCAGCUCAGAAAGCAAAUGAAGAAGGAGAUGAAGAGGAUCAUUUUAUACGAGGACGAACCAAGUCAAAAGCAGUUUUAUCGUUUGAAGGCUUUCGUCAAAUCUUUCAUCCUGUCGAUCUUCAAGAGGCUUCAAGGUGGAAACGCGAGUUCGACCGCGAGAAAUUCCGCCAAAGGCAGGAAAAAGACAUUUAUACCAGGGAACUGGAGGCUCUAGAAGAGAAAGUUCGGCAACGCUUAGCAACAUCAGCCAAGCACAUGAUCGAGCACUUGCAGCAGUUUAAAUGCGACCCUAGAGAUAUUCCUUGGGAAAACGAGCAGCAGCGCUUACAAAUGCGAUCCCAAUUUCUAGAGGUCAUCUUCCAGAAACCACAGCGCAGACGUUUAUUGCAACUUGGGAAUAGACUUCCGCAUUCAGAUACCGAAUCUCCUGGAGUACAUACGAUGAAUGGUAUUCCGGACAAGCUACGAAUCAAAGUUAUCCUGUCCACACUUCUUCAAAAGUACUCGCGAAAUGGACAUUUCGAGAGUGUCGAGGUUCCAGCGGCGGCGUACUUGUAUCACGACUUGGCAGCGGAUAUCAUGAAGCAAAGUAUCCGUCGGUACUGGGAGAGAUUUGAAAUCGACCAAUGGCCCGAGCGGCAAAUAGUUUCCCGUUUUCGCAUGAAAAAGCAAAUUUUCUAUGACUGGCGCAUAUUUGCUGAGCGUACGAAGAUGCUGCGCAUACAUGUUCUGCGCAAAUUUGUUGCCUGGAAGUACAUGACCCGCAAGCUGCAUGAACAUUACGCGUUCUAUCGUAUCAGCUUUUGGCCAUUUUACGUUUGGAAGCGUCAUCUCCAGCAAAUGAUCAUUGCGCAUGGCAAAACCGAAUUUUUGAUGAAUGUUUUGCGCACGUACAUUCAGCUACGAAACUUUCGUGCGUUGAAACUGCGGUAUAAAACAAAGCAAUGGAAUAAGAAGCAAAUUGAACGCGUCCGAAAGAAGAAGGCUAGACAAAUUCGCCGUAUCUGCUGGCAAACCUGGAAAGAUCGAUUUCAAAGCGCGCGGUUGAUACGUCAGAUCUGGCGAAAUCACGGAAAUACGCUCCAGCAACUACACAAGUUUUACAUGGUGAGGGUGACAUUUUAUAUUCUGCGCUACUACUCAAUUUUGAAGAGGGAUAUGAGGCAUCGCAAGUACGUGAGCCUAUUGAGUCAAUUCUCCGUUAGAGCGAGAGCUAAGACGCUGGCACAGCAUCAACGCCAGCAUCAUGGAGCGAAUAAUCAUGGCCGCGCUGUUCAACAGCGUGGAUCGUUGUAUCCAGCUGACAGUGCACAUGCAAAGGCAUCCUCAACACGCCGUAGCCUUCCAAUGUCGACAUAUGAAUCACCCCAACAUGGAAGAGGGUCAACGGCAGAUGCAAGGAAUAUGCGCGGUUCUGUUUUGUUACUGGCGGCAGACGAAGAGCAUAAUAUCGAGAUCUCACGACUCAAUUCACAUCCCGAUAAUCCAUCCACUGAGGCUAGCGACGGAACUACUGCUGGGUCUUUGACGAGGAUCAUGGAAACCGAGUUGGGGAAGAAGAUCAAACGUAAAAGUCGUCUUUACGAUUUGUGUCUCGGUUUAUAUCUGAAAUAUCGGGAACGGGAUCGUAUCAAUAUGAUUGGAAAUGUGAUUGCUUAUCGGCGCUUUGGUCGUCUCUUUAUGAAAUACUUGCGGGCAACGGUACAGCGAGGCAAACUCAACCGCUUUGCUACUGAUUUGGGCGCAUUCCGUGUAAUGAACUCUCGUUUCCGACAGUGGAUGAUUGGCACCGUAUACAAGCUUCCCCCAGCAGCACAAGGCGAAGCUGAGUCGGUGAAGAAGGAUGAAGAAUCCGAGGAAAUAGGAGAGAAAGUAGUUUUACACUGGCGUGAAGACCGAGAAUGGCGUCUCCAAGCUAUUGCGAAUAACCCGAUUCGAGCACAACAGCUUCGUCAAGAUCUUCUUUCUAUUAUGGAGAAUGACUCGAUGCGAAAAGAAACCAUACGAAGUCGUGAGCUACUGCUGACUAAGAAGCAAACCAAUGAAGAAGCGUUUUUACGCAUGGAAGCUAGCGCAACUUUGAAAAUUAAGGCGGCUCAGAUGCAGCAAGUGCAGCAAAUUAUGCGACGACGGGCACAUCGUCUCCAUGACGCGAUGGAUAAUGUGUACGAUGUUUUGCUGCAACAACAAGCAAGACAACAGCUAAAAUCGAGCUUCCGUAGCCUUCGCAUCGUCGUUAUGAUGAAGCACACGAGUGUACUCUGCCAUCGUGCGCAGAUCUGCAACUGGCUUCGCCUGUGUUACCGCUUCAUGUACUGGGAGCGGAACAUGGGCGUAUUUUACAAACUCAAGCUAAAGUAUCACGCCUUUCAGACACUACUGAAAUAUGCUGUUUGGAAGUGGAAGUUCCAGUCGCCGAAGCUAUCGCAAAAGCUUCAACGUUCACAACAGCUCAUGUGGAAGUAUGAGCAUUUUAUGGAAGAGCAAGGGCUGUUCGAUGGUAGCGCAGAGUCCUUACAGCUUGUAGGCACAAAACACUCACCAGCGAAUUCGUUCCGAGGCACCUUUUUACGGUGGGUGCAAUUUGCACAAUGCUCAAAAGCGCGGGAAACGGUCGUCAAACUCGUUCGCCGGAAGCGUGAUCUCUGGGCGAUGCACACGAUUUUCCACGCUCUUAAAAACCGAGUCAAGGCGAAGUACACCUACUCAGAGCGGUGCGCUCUUCUACCAUAUCUGUGGAGGCAAUGCAUGGUCGAUUUGGAUACUUAUCACUGUAAAAUCAUCGCGCUGGAACAGCGAUUGCCCACGACGAGCUUAAGAGCACAAUUGACUCAUUCCCGUAAGUUAAUGCGGGAGACGGCGAUCAGUUCUCCAACGUUAAAGAAGCUUUUCCAAGACCACGAAAACGAAGUUCGCUUACGGCUGCAAUUGGAGAAGCGAUUAAUGCUAGUGGCAUACAAUGAGCGCGCAGUGCACAACUACGCAGAGCGGUCAUCCAGUCUUUUCGGUACAACAGCAGGAAAGCCUUUCACGCACGACAAAGUGCCACCGUUUGGCAGUAUCAACGAAAUCGGCAUCUUUUGCGGCAAGAAAGUGGACGGUAUCUGUGUGGUGUUAAAGGCAAGUGGGCAACAGAACAUUGAAGGUUCUAUCCACGGAAAUCCUUUCGGAACUCGCGAAGUCUUCUCACUCAUCAGAGGUGAGAAACUUGUUAGCGUCGAGGGGUUUGCUUCACAGUCAAUCUAUGGACUACGCUUUGGCACGAGUGCUGGGCGGUAUUCAAAGUGGUUUGGCCAUUGUGAAAAAGGGUCAAAAUUCGAGAUCCACAGCGACUACCCCAACAAUCGCGAAGAAAUUGUGGGUUUCUUUGGACAUGCUGACAACGCUUCUAUCAAUUCUUUAGGCGUUGUAAUGCGACACACGACGAUCAAGAACCCGUUCGAGGGCUUGUGGGUGCAAAAGGAUCAGCACGCACAGCAUAAUCUGCUACAACAGUCAGCACAUCGUGGGUCAGUGGACGAAUUGGCAUUGAGUGAUCGACAGUUUGCAUACUUCUUGCAGGUUCGUGCAUGUGAGGUGUUGAUGAUUAUGGAGAGAGCGCACCUUUUUGCUAUACGUGCGUACAAGAUCGAAGACACGCUACCUCCUGCUCUUGGAAGUAUGCGGAUCAUCAUGGCAAUCGCCCGGUGGAUGCUCAACGCACUUUCACAUGGAUUGGUUCAGCGUACUGAGCGCGAAGAGGAAGGGAAGAAGAUUCUGUUGAGCGGCCAAGAGAAAUAUACUGUCGGAGAGAAGUUGCUGUCUGACGGGUCAAGUACAAUGCAGAUAGUGGACGGAUUCCGUGAUUCUGCAGGACAAUUGGACGCGGCGGUACUUGGAGUCAAGAAGAUUAUAGAGUUGAAGGAAAUGAUGACACAGGCUCAGCAGCAAAUGGUGCAAGGCGAAAGGCUAAGAGACGAAGGCCAGCACGAGAUCAUGCGAAGUCAACGAUUUCUGCCUCACCUCCCCGCUACGAAGCGCAUGAUCUCAGCUAUCCGAAAGAUGUACAAGGUGGUCCAAACCAAGGAUGAAAUCGACCACAUGAACCCAGAAUUGCGGUCGAUCCUACUACUCAAUGGUAAAAGUCCUUCCGCUUCGGCUCCUCCGCUCAAGAAAAGCGGAGGAGCCGAAGCGGUAGGACUUUUACCAUUGCAGUGA